UAAAAACGAAAUUUGAAAUAGGAAAUUGUUGGGAAAUUGCUAAAAUUUAAUUAUUAAAAGUUUUUAAAAAGACAGUUUUUUAGUCUAUGACAAAUACAAAUUGUUGCUGUGCUUUUUAAAGUUACAACCUAGAUACAUACGCUGGCUAUACUUAUUUUUGAGACAAGCGAUAUUAAAAAUUAGUUUCUUUGCAGUUUUUUUUGUACCUCAUUAUUGCGUAUAGAAAAUUAAGUGAUUUAGAUUUUAUAAAUUUUGGAUUUAAUUAUUCUCGAAAAUCAUAGUUCUUGCCAAUUUAAUUUCCCAGCAUUUCCCAGUUCAAAGACCCGAUAAAAAAUCUUUUCAGGAUCUAAACUGGCAAAUUCGAAUGAAAUAUCAAUAAUCAAAAAUGCCGUGUUUUUUCUUCAUUUUGGAUACAAGUGGAUCCAUGUCCACCCGUGCACAUCCACAAUUCUCCUUCUUCGAUUUGGCAAAGAAUUUUAUCGAAAAUUUUAUCAAGCAGCGGACAAAAGGUGACAAUCGAAUGAUGGUUGGAAGAGAAACAGACAAAUAUUUUCUAAUGACAACACAAGCAAGAUAUCCUAAAAAUGUUAAAGUAGCUUGUGAAAAACUUGGUGCAGUGGUUAUCGAGGAAAUAAAGAAACUUCAUCUUCCUUACGGGUCCUGUCAAUUACACCAUGCCAUUCUUGAAGCUUUCAAAGUUCUUCAUGUCAGUCGUGUUCAAACUGGAAUUGAUGGUGUCGGAAUAGGAAGACUUAUUUCAAAUACAGAACCGGUUACAAUGAUAUUAUUGACUGAUGGAAGUGGUGUUGCUGGAAUUCCAAUCGAUUUUCGACUUUUUUUUGAUCCACCGUUUCUUGGAUCGGAAAUGACGAGGGAUGCGUUUAGAUGGGAUCAAAAGUUUUAUACCGUGGUAUUUCGUAUUCCAUCCACUCCAUAUCGUCCAACAAUUUCCCAGCUAACAGCAAUUGACAUAGAUAUGCCUGUCAUUGAAAGGCUGUGCGCCAGGACAGGUGGACGAAGCUUCUCAAUUGUAUCACCUCGUCAAAUUCAGACUACAAUUGAUUAUCUUUUGGCGAUGGGUAAUCAAUACAAAAUUGGCGUUCGAUUCGAGUGUCUGCCAGCAAUACCUGCUCCAAUAACUUCCGAUGAAGUGAAUCUUGUCAAAAUGAAGUUUAAGAAAGUUAUCGAUAAAAGACCAGUCACAAACAUUAUUUCUCGUUUGAAUCCACAAGCACGCCCAGUAACAUGCCAUUGGCCAAUUCCAGAGAGUUUCUUUCCGAUGAGAACUAUGGAUCAACUUCCUCAACGUACAUCACAUCCAGUCAUUUUGUGUGCCCCAAUUGCACUUCCACUUCAUAUUCGUCCAGAACUUCCAGUUGAUAAAUUAGAAUUAGAACCUGGUGGUAUUAGUGAUAUCAUUAUGGAGAUAUUACAAGGUCGCAAAGAUAUGACAGUUUGGACAUACAUGGAAGGUUCAUCAAAUGGACCAACAGCUCCAUUUGGAUGUCUACGAAUGAAUACUCUUGGAACUGGUAUUACAUUAAUAUUAAUGCCAUUCAAUUUCCCAAUGCUCUAUUCACUUGUUGAAGAAAUCGUUAAAGAACCAUUUUUAAACAAGUCGCAAGUUUGGAGAUCAAAGCUGGAAUCAUACUUUCACACUGUUCCAUUCUACUACAAUACGCAAAUCCGUGUUUGUUUGGACAAGUUCGAUGUGAAAGUAGAUUAUUCGAGCUCAAUGAGCAUGUUUUAUCCAGGUCAACUACUGAGUAAUCUGAAUCGAUUUAAAGCAAAAGCAAGAGAAGAAUUAGAUCAAAUGGCUAUCGCCUCCAAGUUAAAUGAUUCAAAGACUCUGAAAAUAGUUAAUCCUUCUAUCCGAAUCGAACGAAUCACAUCCAGAUCUACCAUUAUUGGGUUAGGAAACAGUGAAGUUGAUAUUGAGGAUGAUAGUCUAGAAGGAUAUGAGUCUACUCCUAUUUAUGCAGGAGAUUUCAAGAUUCCACUUUACCCACCAUCUAUUACUGAUGCUCAGUUGGAUUCUGCUUACCGUACUCCUUACUCUUCACCUAUUGAAGAUCUUACCAGCAAGCUGAACAGAAUUCAAGCGAAUAUCGAAUUGAUGUUUGAUCCGAACAAGAUUACUCUCCUCGAUAUGGCUAAACUUGGAACAAAAGCAAGAUUCAACACACUUGAAGAGCUCCACAACAUGCCUCAAAAGCUCAUGGGAGAAUACGAGCCGUAUCAAGCUGCAAGAGUCAAGUACUACGGUCAACCGAUGCGUAAAAUUGAUGAAGAAAAGGAUCGUACUCAUGCAUUCGGAAAUCCAUACAAACUGAAAGGUUUGGGUGCUGGAAUCGAUGAGGUUAUGGAUAGUGCUGUAGUGGAUAACAAUUCCCCUUCGACUUCUGGCCAACCAAAACGAUUUGGUGGAGAAGGCCGUCAAGGUGGAGGACCUCCAAAACGAAGACGUGGACCACUUGGAAUCGACGCAUAUGAUCAGUACAGAAUACGUCGAUCGAUGCGCGGAUCAUCAGCUGGCUCAGAUAUUUCUGACAUAUCAUCAAGUUUGGGAACAUUUGAUCAAGAUUCAGAUAUGACAACUCCUGGAACAAGUGGAAUGAAUACUCCAAUUUCCGAAUUCGAUGAUCUACAAUUACAAGAAAUGGAUUCUGAUGAUCAAUUAAUGAAGAAUUUAGAUGAAGUUCAAGCUUUGAGGAAGAAAGAAGAAGCACAGGUUCAGCCAAAGAUAAAGAAACCUCCACCAGUUCCACCUGCAAGUAUUCUAUCCAGUCAGGAAAUUCUCACACGAAAAAUUAGAAUUGGGUCGAUUAUCAGAAAGCCAGCAAACCAUUGUGCGUUCGAAGAAAUAAUGACACUAGUAGCUGGAAUAACACAAGAAGCAUGUUCACAAUUGAUUAAAUAUGCCCUACGAGAAUCUCAACGAUUCAAAUUGAAACAACUCACUGAACGUCUCGAAAAUCGACUGAAAACUGUUUGAUUUUUUUUGUAAUUUUUUGAUGACGAAGCGAUGUUUUGGUGAUUUUUUGUGAUGUUAUGCAUCUUAAAUUGUUUUUUUAAUUAUUAUUUUUCCUUUGAGUAUUCCUAUUGAAAAUUAAAUCCCUCUGAAAUUUAACUGAAAACAUCUUGAUCGUUUUUUAACUUCUCUUUCUAGGUGCUCUUUCAAAACUUUUGUGAUUUUUGCCCCAUUAUCCAUUUCUUUCUUUUUUCAUCACCCCAGUUUGUUUUAUUCGAGGUUUUAUGUUCUUUUUUUAUUUAAAUUAAUUUAACAUUUUUAGUCAAAAUGAACACUUUGAACUUUAUAUAAAACACAAUAUCUGCAACUAACAAUGCGAUUUAGAAUUUAAUUACUUACCAGCAUAAUGAUUUAAAAAUUGUAAGUGGAAACAUUGAAAAUAA